GCUUGAUUUCGCUGCCGACACAAGCAUUCGUACGAGAAUGACCUCCGAGCACUGGAGCUUCUUUGGGUUGCCGCCCUUCUUCACGGAACAGCACUCGCCCGCCACGCUGGACCGCCAGUCCGCUCUGUGGUCAAGCCUCAUUCUGGAUCACGCCGUCUACCACGCGCAGCGCGCUCCCACCAGUGGCGAGGACACCAACGCGCUGCUCCGCUUCUACACCUCGCACAGUGACGUCUUCUACAACCCGGCGAUCCACAAGCGCCUCUCGGCAGAGGCGGCGCACACGAUGCUACAGUCCCUCGUGACACGGCACCCCAACCACGCCGUCGUGGUCUCUGACAACGGGCCGAGCGACUACUCCGUGCUGGUCUGCACCACCGAGGGAGGGCUCAAGCAGGUGGAGGAAGGGCUGCUCCGGUUUAUUCUCGAUAACGGUGCGGUGCAGACUACCGCGAUGCUCUCAACGAAGGGAACCGUAAUGACGUUUGAUGAAUUAGCAGAGGGUACGGCAUUGAGUUAUGGGCAGUCGAAGCCGGUGUAUCUUGCGCGGUCGUCGGGUGCGACUGUGCCUGUCGCAGAUGUGGGUCGCCUGUCCGCGGAGCAGGCAAUUCGCACGUAUUUGCACGCGCUGGAUCACCGGCCGGUGUCGGCCAUGCGCCCCUUCAAGGUAACGCUCUUCAAUCUUGACGGGAGCACCACGCAGCCCUAUCAGGGUGUCAAGUUUGGUGGUGAGUAG